AUCAACGAAAACAUUUCCUCUUUUUUUUCUCGAGCAACCAUUGUCACUUGUUCUCGAGGAAAACAAAGAAUUUUUUCCCCACACUGAAUUUCUGCACUAGAACUUCAAUCAUUCUACGUGUUUUCACAUCAAGACAUACUCUCAAGUAAAUAUCGAGUGUUGCAAAUCAGGUCACGUCUCUUGUAGAAAGACGCGAUUUUGCAUUACACUGCACCAUAAUCAGCACACCACUUCUUAGUCACGUACAUACAAUUCCUCUACCAACCUGUUACUCAUUUAAAAUACAUCCCAUCUUCUACCAUCAUCUUCCAUCCACUACUAUCAAUUACUAUCAAUUACUGCCACAUACUAUCGCACAACCAACAACCAUCUACCUUCCAUCGAACUUUCAUCAAUCAAUUUACUGUAAAGGGGUCGCUAAAGAUCCUUUCAAAGUAUCUCGCAUACCUCUUACUAUUAUUCAACACUUCACAUCGGUACCUGCGGGUUACCUUACCUUAAGCAACGAUGCCUCCCCGUGGUCGCAAGGCCACCGCCCCAACCGGCGCGAAGUCUUCUGCGACAGUUAAGAAGACCGCGACCAAAGCUACAGCACCCAAGACUAGCCGAGCAAACAAGGUCACUAAGCCGACCGCUGCUCCCAAACGCUCUAGCGCUCGCGCGUCAUUGGAAGAGUCUGAAGAUGAGAACGAGAAUGGUGUGAACGGACGCGCCCAAGGUGCUACACGAGCUACCGGAAAGUCUAAAGCUAAGCGAUCAAGCGGAACGACCGCUGAUGCCAACCUACAAGAAGCCAUCGGCGCCGAGGAAGAUGAACGCGUCAAUGGUAACGGCAGUGGUGAAUCGAAUGGUUCUAAGCGUAAGAGAGAAGACGAAGAUGAUCAGGAUCAAGAUGAAGAGCCUGAGAAAGCACCUCCAGCCAAGAGAGCCAAGCGAGCUCCUGCUAGUCAAUCCCAGCCCAAACAACCUGCUAAAGCACCUCGAGCGAAGACUACAAAGGCCGCGAAGACCGCUGCUCCUGCGAAGAAGCCCCGUGCCCCUCGAGGCAAGGCUAAGGCAGAAGAAGUUCAGGAUGACGAAGUUGCUGAAGAUGAAGAGCCCGAGGAAGCGCCUCCCGCAAAGAAGAGCCGCGCUACUAAACCCGCUGCCAAAGCUGUCAAAGCUGCCGCGAAACCCGCAAAGGCUGCCCCUGCCAAGCCCGCCGCACGUACUCGAGGCCUGGGUGCCAAAGGUGUCGCAUUCAACGACAUUCCCUCGAAGCCAUUUGAUGUCUUCGUCUUCGGUGAGGGAUCUUCUGGUGAGCUCGGUCUUGGUAGCAAGAAGCAUGACGGCAAGAAGCCUAUCGACGUGAAGCGUCCUCGAAUUAACCACAACCUGAAGGGUGUGGUUGAUAUUGCAUGUGGUGGCAUGCACUGUAUUGCCUUGACCAAUGAACAGGCUAUUUUCACUUGGGGUGUCAAUGAUGAUCGAGCACUGGGCCGCGAUACCCAGUGGGAAGGUGGCACUCGCGACGUCGAUGAUGAAUCGGACUCCGACUCCGACGACGAUGACACUGGUGUCAACCCCAAUGAGAGUACUCCUGGCCGUGUCGACCUCAGUGUUCUUCCCGAAGGCACAAAGAUUGCCCAAGUAGCCGCGACGGACUCGGCUUCCUUCAUCCUCACCGACGACGGCUGGGUAUAUGGUUGGGGAACUUUCCGAGGCUCUGACGGAAUCAUCGGGUUCAGCGAAGGAGUGCGAACUCAACACACUCCUAUCAUCAUCCCUGGACUGAAGAACAUUAGUCGAUUGGCGUGCGGUUCCAAUCAUGUCCUUGCACUUGAUCUAACUGGAAAGGUCUUUACUUGGGGUAGUGGAGGUCAGUUCCAGCUCGGCCGAAAGCCUCUCAGCCGUCUCGGAGGCGCAAGUGCCGGACUCAGCCCACAGCCUUGUGGAAAGUUCUCCAAGAAGCAUCGUGCCGUCAAAGUUGGUGCCGGUUCAUACCACAGUUUUUACAUUGACGAGAGCGACCAGGUUUGGGCUUGGGGUCUGAACAACUACGCGCAGACUGGACUUAACGACAACACCGGCGAAGAUGACGCGAUGGUCCUCCAACCACAGAUUGUCAAGUCACUUGAAGACCAAAAGGUCUCACAGAUCGCUGGUGGCGAGCACCAUUCUGUCGCUUGCACAGCAGAUGGAAAGCUGCUCACCUGGGGACGUGUCGACGGCCACCAAGUUGGUCAACCGUCCAGCAUCUACAACGAGGACAACGCCUUAUUCGAUGGUACCGGCAAACCUCGAAUUCUCUUGACUCCUACACUGAUCGAUGGGAUUAAGACCACAUACGUCGCGGCUGGUACAGACACCAGUUUCGCUAUUGACGAAGCCGGCAAGGUUUACUCCUGGGGUUUCUCUGCAAACUACCAGACCGGCCAGGGAACUAUCGAUGAUAUUGAAGUUCCCACGUUGAUCGACAACACGGCCAUCCGUGACCGCAAGAUUAUCUGGGCUGGUGCUGGUGGUCAGUUCUCGAUGGUGGCAGCUGCUGCCAACGAGGAUCUACCUAACGGCCAUUAGGCGGCAUCAUAAGUUAGGAUAACAUUCGGGUUAAGGGUGCAUUGAAAAGGAUUGGUGUACGCGGGAGGGCGCGUCAUACCAGUAUACAACAGUUGCGUUUCAGGUUUCAGGUUUGAAAUGUGAAUCAAGUCCGAGAGGGACAUUUUAGCAGAGCGAGGUUUUGCGGCUGUCAAGGAAUCGCCUUGGAAGAUGUCCCGAAUUUUGUGGCGGACGGACAGGGCCAAUGAAUAACCCAACAGUAGGGAACCUCAUGUACAUUAUAAUUGCUAGCGCUGCUUUCUAUGUACUCACCUGUACAUAUGUUCAUGAUAUGACUGAUGUGGUCAUCAAUCAGAAUUCUACUCGACUAUA